GGGACGUUUGGUCUUUUGUCUCUCGCCAGGUAUAAAUGAAGCAGGUUCAGACAGGCAGGCAUCAGUUCAAGCACAGUUCUCCCAGAGAUUCUGCAGACCGUCACCAUGGGCAAGAUCAUUCUGUUCGAGGAGAAGAACUUCCAGGGCCGCUCUUACGAGUGCAUGAGCGACUGUGCCGACAUGUCGUCCUACCUGAGCCGCUGCCAGUCCUGCCGGGUGGAGAGCGGCUGCUUCAUGGUCUACGAGCGCCCCAACUUCAUGGGCAACCAGUCCUUCAUGAGGAGGGGCGAGUACUCCGACUCCAUGAGCAUGAUGGGCGUCAGCGGCGGCAUCAAGUCCUGCCGCGUGGUCCCCAUGCACAGAGGCCAGUUCAGGAUGAAGAUCUUCGAGCGGGAGAACAUGAGCGGCCAGAUGAACGAGCUGACGGAGGACUGCGACAACAUCCAGGAGCGCUUGGGCAUGAGCGACUGCCUGUCCAGCCAGGUGUUGGAGGGCCACUGGCUGCUGUUCGAGCAGCCCCACUUCCGGGGCAGGAUGCUGUACGUCAGGCCCGGCGAGCACCGCAGCUUCCGGGAGAUGGGCAUGAGCGGCAUGAGGGUCAUGAGCAUGAGGCGCAUCACCGAUUCCUGGGCACUAAGGGCCACGCUGCCUAUAAAUUGUCAGCUUACAGAUCAGAAAGAUGCUCACGCUUCCGGCCGCCUUUGUGGGGAGAUUGAAUCGGGACAAACUUCUGCGGGAGUGGAAAUAGGAGAACAUGGCCGUCCACGCUCCAUAGGGCCUCUAUACCAUGCUGCUGAGUCAGGGCUGCACACAAUGGUGGCUGCAGAGUCUUUUGGCUUUGGAACCAACGCAACCAUGGGCAAGAUCAUCUUUUACGAGGAGAGGAACUUCCAGGGCCGCUCGUACGAGUGCAUGAGCGACUGCUCCGACAUGUCCUCCAACCUGAGCCGAUGCCAGUCCUGCCGGGUGGAGAACGGCUGCUUCAUGGUCUACGAGCGCCCCAACUUCAUGGGCAACCAGUACUUCAUGAGGAGGGGCGAGUACUCCGACUCCAUGAGCAUGAUGGGCAUGAGGGACUGCAUCAGGUCCUGCCGUUCAAUCCCCAUGCAUAGAGGUCAGUUCCGGAUCAAGAUCUUCGAGCGGGAGAACUUCAGCGGCCAGUCCAACGAGCUGCAGGAGGACUGCGACAACAUCCAGGAGCGCUUCCGCAUGAGCGACUGCCUGUCCUGCCAGGUGUUGGAGGGCCACUGGCUGCUGUUCGAGCAGCCCCACUUCCGGGGCAAGAUGAUGUACGUCAGGCCCGGCGAGUACCGCAGUUUCCGGGAGAUGGGUCUCAACAGCAUGAGGUUCAUGAGCAUGAGGCGCAUCAUGGACAUCUAAAAUAAAAAUAAAAUGUGUUCUGUUGAAAAUGGUUCACUGAGGA